AUGGAGGAGGACCAGCACACGCCGACGACUCGUGCGCCGCCGCCGAAUCCACCACCAACAACUGUGAAUACGGUAUUCUCGACGCCAACGCCAGAAGAGCAGGAAGCACCGAUACCGCCCUUCCUCGCCAAGAUCCGGGCCGCGCACGCCGCUCGCUCACCUACGUCCCCUGUCGCCGUCGAAGAUGGCGCUCCUCCGAAUGCACUCUACCUGCCCCCGCCAGCAGCGCCGGACGUGCAGGAAGAUCUUGUGCCGCCCGAGAACUUCGGCGCAGUCACGCAGGGCGUGUAUCGAUGCGGCUUCCCCAAGAAGCGCAACUUCAAGUUUCUCGAGACGCUCCAGCUCAAGACGGUGCUGACACUCGUGCUCGAGGACUACCCCGAGGCCAAUCUCGAGUGGUGCCAGCAACAAGACAUCCAGUUCAUGCAAUUCGGCAUCCCGGGCAACAAAGAGCCCUUCGACAACAUCCCCGAGGACGUAAUUGCGAGCGCGCUCGUCGCCAUCUUAGACCGGCGUAAUCACCCCAUUCUCAUCCACUGCAACAAGGGCAAGCACCGCACAGGAUGUCUGAUAGGGUGUAUCCGGCGGCUGCAGAGUUGGUCGCUGACGAGCAUCUUUGACGACAGGUACCGCCGCUUCUCAGCUCCGAAAUCCCGCGCCGUCGACCAGCAGUUCAUCGACCUCUUCGACCUGGCUCCAGUUUGGGAGGGCGUGCUGACCUUUGGCGGCGGGCUCGCCAACCUCCCCGACUGGCCGAUGCUCGCGCUCCCAUUACCCCUACAGGCGCUGCGGGAGCAGGAGCGCUCGCAGAAGGCGCGCAAGGGCACUCGCGAGCACAAGGAGCACCACAAAGAGCACAAGGAGCGCGAGAAUGGCAACAGCAAUGGUGUGAACGGGACGGGGCGUAUCGAGCACGUCCCUCGCGCCGGGCUGAUUACCGCGCCGAACGACGCUGUCGAGAUUGCCGCCCAGUGA